AUGCAGCCAUUCAACAGUAGUUCACCAGCAAUCCACCAGCCGUCCACCAUAAUAGCAGCCUCGUUAGACGAUAAGAGGCCUUCCGGCUUCUGUCUCCGUCUGCCUGCCUCCCUCGGCGUUGCCAAGUGCUCGUGCAAAGACCCGUGCUACGGUGUCAAGUGCCCCCACGUGUCCAAGUGCGCCUUGCAGGGCGGUGCAGUGGUGUGCAAAUGUCCCGCUCCCUUCAAGCGUCUGAUCAACAACCGGUGCUCCUCUGAUGAUUAUCCCAACUCCGACUACCUCGACCCACACAAUGCUGCCAGGGCUGCUGUUGGUGCCGUUCCCCUCGAGUGGGACGACGCAGUGGCUGAGAGGGCCCAAGCGUGGGCCGACACUCUCCGCGACGACUAUAACUGCGGGCUGGAGCACGGCGGCAUGGGGGAGGGCGAGGGGCAGAACCUCUCAGGGGCGGGUCCGGCUGGGUGGGCGUCAAACAGCGAUGCAGUGCAGUGGUGGGUGGGCGAGGGCAAGUGGUACAAGCGCCCGCCUGCUGUCUUCCCUGCUGGCUGCAUUGGUGGUGACUGGGGCAGAUGCGGCCACUACACACAGGUGAUAUGGAACAACUCGCGCCAGGUGGGGUGUGGCAAGGCGUCGUGUGGCGAGGACGGUGACGUGUGGGCGUGCAACUAUUACCCUGCUGGCAACUUUGUCGGCGAGAUUCCCUAUGUUCAAGACCCGUGCUUCCGAGCCCUCUGCCCUUCCACGUCCACCUGUGCUGCUGUCAACGGCAAGCCGGUCUGCCUGUGUCCGCGAGGGCAAGUGCUGGUCAACGGCAGCAAGUGCCAAGCAGACCCAUGCAAAGGCGCGGCUCCCUGUCCCGGGGACUUUGUGUGUGAUGGAACAUCGGGUGCGGCCAAGUGUGUGUGCCCCAAGGGAACCGUGCAGAUUGCACCCAAUACGUGCCAGGCGCCUUCGUGCAAGGGAGUGAAGUGCCCGGCCUCUGCUCGCUGCAGGGCGGACAGCAACGGCAUUCCUUUCUGUGCCUGCCCUGCCUCCCAAUCCCUGGUCAACGGAGCCUGCACGAAAGCCGGUCCCCGCACAGUCACCACCAGCAUCGUUCUCUUCAGCCGCCCGUCCUUCGCUGGCACUCCCAUUGUCCUCCGAGGCCCCACUCCCGACACCGACGACGCCACUGGCUGCGUCAACAUCCCUUCUCCCAUGGCCGGGACUGUGGGCUCCCUCAAGAUUCUCUGGGAUGCGCCUGAUGGGGCUAAGGGGACGAGGGUGGCUUGUGGUUUGAUGUGGUUUUGGAGUGAUGCGGAUUGCUACGGGGAUGCGUCGGGGUGGGACCGGCCGGACAACAAUGUUACCAUUGCCAAGGCCACGGAUGAUGGAGCUGCUGUGGUGCGGGCUAUUAGCUGCGGUACCAGCCUGUCAGACUCUGAUUGGCUGACGAAUUCGUCCUUUUCCGCGAAGCUUCUCCCGGCUGCAGAGGUCGCUCGGCGCGCAGCAGUGGAAGCAGCAGCUCGGCGCGCAGCGGAAGGGCGGAGAGAAUGGUUUGAUGGGGACGAGGGGAAUGAGGGAAGUGAAGGGGAAGGUGAAGAGGAGGAAGAGGGCGAGGAGGGAUAA